AUGGACCCCGCCGUGCAGGCCAGCGUCGUUGCAACAACGCCCACCCGUCCACCGCCUGCCAUGGGUGACGACGGUGCUUCCCCGCCGCUGUCACUGCCGUCAUUCCCACCUCCGUCACCUCUCAGCCCGAGCGGAGUGCCAACUCCCCCAAACUUCCUUGACCUGCCCCUGCCUCUGUGGUCUCCACACAGUCCUUUUGCGCUCCAGGGACCUCCGCUUGAUGCAUCCCUGGACGACCGCUUCCACACGAACAACGAGCUGUUUGUCGACCUUCCACCGAUCAACGGCAUCGAUGACGAUGAUGGUGGCGAUGAUGGUGACGGCACCCAGCACCGCGCAGCGCCACUUGUCCAGCACCAGCAGCACGGCCAGGACAACCAGCAGUCAUUCCUCCACCAUCAGCUUGGCUUCCAGCACGACCAAGAGCGUGCCCUUCCUGAUGACGGACGCCCAGCUCCCAAGCGCGCACACCGCAGUCGCCCCGUUGCACAGCGGCAGCAGCAGGAGAAGAAGAAGAAGAAGACGCGGAGGAAGAGGAAGAAGCUUACCCCUGAGCAGAAGGCUAAGCACGCAAGAGCGCAACAAAAGCGCCGUGACGCCAUGGACAGAGCAAUCAGCGGUCUCCAAGAGGCCGUGUUUCCCGAGCACCCAGAAGCCAUUAUUGGCCAUACCUUCAACUGGGUCAUCCUGAUCUGCGCCCUGCGUGCCCUCACUACUCACGGCCAUACCGUGUUUCUGGAAGCCGUCUUCGAUCACCACCAGCGUAUAAAUGAGGACAAGCUCCGCCGCGAGCGCAAGCACAGCAGCAGCAGCAACAGCAGCAGCAGUGGCAGCAGCAGCAACAGCAGCAGCAGUGGCAGCAGCAGCAGCAGCAGCAGCAGUGGCAGCAGCAGCAACAACAGCAGCAGCAGUGGCAGCAGCAGCAGCAGCAACGAGUCUGCACAGCCAGCUGGAACCGGUGGCGCUGAGCAGGAAUCCAACAAACCUGCUGUGGGUCAGGGGAAGGACUGUCCCCUGCGGCGUUUUGAAAGCUCCGUGCUCGAGAAGCUGGCCGAAGUUCUUGGUCUUGCCAAGAGCACGUCACAGGCCAAAAUCGCGCAAGCUGUGCGUGACAGGAUCACACUUGACGAGCGCCGACUCAGUGAAGAGGAGCUGGUUGAGGUUGCAGAGUUGCUGGGGAAGCGCAGGCACACGCCCAGGCGCUAG